AAUUCUAUCGCAGGAUAAACAUCAGCCAAACAUGCCAACAUGCGAUCACCAAGCACCAGGUCAUCAAACGCUCCAUAGUUUGAAAGUAUGGAGUAUAACGUUGCCAUGGAAACGGAUGUAUUUUUCUUUCAGAAUACUUAUAGGCUCUCUAAGUAUCAUAAAGUGGUUUUAUACCAAUGACGCUUUUUUAUUUGUGGAAUUAUUAUUUCUAAUUUUUUUCUUGAAUGGUUCGCUCUAUUCUCAUUCAACCGGUCUUUGAUGGAACCUAUAAUCUUUUUACCACAAUAUUAUCCUCUCCGUCUGUAUGCGGAAGAAGCGAUGGAGUAGAAGGAUUGGGAUGUAUUUAAUGUGGCGAAAAUCAUUUUUGUGAGUCUUUGUUUUAACCAAACCUAUCUUCAAGUCAUCAGCAUGUUUUUUUUUUAAUUGAAAAAUACAUUUAUUUCGCUGCAAGACAUCAGAAUGGUAUACGCAUGGUUUUGCAAAUUGAAAACUAGACUUAGUAUCCCUGAUCAUGAUACUUUCCACAUACCUAGCAAUAUCUUCCACCCGUUACCCCCUUAAUACAAUGCAUCACUGGGCAUCUUUGCAUCACGAUAAAAGCACAUUGCCUUCAAGAAUAAUUUGCAGACAUUUGAUAAAUUCUUCAUGAGCCGGUAAAACGGACGGAUGAAAAGACAAUCGCCGUUCUCGGAUUGCAACGAUGAAGAUGAAUUGGUGAUCGGUUGGGCCUGUUAAGUCGUGGCGUCUUUUGAAAAAGAAAUGCUUUUCUUUUAAACAAAAAAUAGACGACCAAGCGACCAGCAUGUCUAUCAGUUGGAUUGCUCUGCUUUAUUCCCUUCUAUCUGUUGUAAAAGCUCUUCGAGGUGUGAAAGACGAUAUUGGCCUCUCUUGCUAUUUGGACAAUUUCGAUUCUUGUUUUACAUCAUUUUCCGAUGGGGACAACAUUACGGUCCCAGGUGGAGAUAUAAACAUCAUUGCCAUCUUCGCUGGAGGUGAAAAGUCUGACGAAGAUUGCAUCAGUGAUAUUCUUCAUGCUACCAUCAAUCUUCAGUACGCAAUCCAAGAAAAAGCCCGAGUCAACACUAGCGCAUCAAUGAUGGAUUACGCCAUUUUGUGUGCAAACGGCUUACCGCAAGAAGCAGACGACAUUUUCGCCCUCCUUGAAAAUAUUCGAAACCCUUACGUCAUUCUCGGCGCAACUCUCCCGCCAAUUUUUACAUAUGCAAUAUUAGAUAUGACAAAUGACCUUCAUAUCCCCGUUUAUAGCUUAAGUUCGUUGAAUUAUGACGCGCCAUAUCUCCCGUUUGAAAGUCGGUACUCUAUCGUAAGUUAUUCGGCGCCGUCGCACGAAGCCCUCGUCGAGACGGUUGUCGAAGUCAUUGACUAUUUCGGAUGGUCGUGGGUCAGUUUUCUUACCAUCGAUGACGGUUUCGGACAAAUUUUUAUGAGAGCCGUUGAAAUGAGAUUUGAAAGAAAAGACAAUUGUAUCGAUGAUAAGAUGUUCAUUAAGAAACGCUCGAUUUCUAAUCGCUUUUCGGAUGAAAGACUUCGAAUUCAGACGAAAAUCCGAAAUUCGACGUCGAGUGUUUUUGUCGUCUUUGUUGCGGAUUCUGACUAUAUUGAUAUACUGAAUGAGAUACAAGCUACACAUCCAGAUCUUGUUUGGAUCUUGGCCACCUUGGACAGCGUCGAUCAAAAAAUUAUCAAAAAUGACUGGACACUACUCAUCACUCCGACAAAAUACUCGCUAUCCGAGAGUCUGGGCGACUUCCUGGUCGACUGGUGUUCAAGGAGAUCGAACUGCUCUUCCCGUGAUCAUCAAGGGAUUCGACGCCGUGCUGAUACACUCUGUUCAAGGGUCGACAACGAUAUGAUGGAGGCGAAACAGGAAGUCGAACGCGUCGACAUCUACCUAGCAUACCGGAUGAUCGAGAACCACAUUAUCUGCAGUUCAUCGAGAACAACCCAGAACUCGUCGUGCUCGUCGACGUCGAGCUUCGACGACGUCGUCGCUCGAGAGGUACUCCCAUCGACCAACGAGAGUCACCCCAUGAACAAGUUUGGCGGUGUGCUCGAGAGUGUGAGCGUGUUGCCAUGGGGAUUCGACAUCAGGGCGGGGCGGAUCGCAUCACCUCGACCGGAGAUGAAUACCAGCGGAGGAGGAGGCGUGCUCAUAGGACGAUAUAUUGAGAAUGGACUGUCAUCCGAGAUGAUUCUGAUCGAUGAUGAUCUAAUUGUUUGGCCUUCUAGAGACGGCAAGGUCCCAGAAAGCCAUUGCUCUCCCACCUGCCCAUCAUCGCAUGCUCGCUUCUCGUUGCCAGGGCAACCAUCUUGCUGUUUCGUAUGUUUGUAUUGUGAGGGGAGCCUCAACCAUUCCACUGAUGGUUCUGUACGAUGUGAGAAGUGCCCUCAGGGAUACUGGUUCAACAUCACUACCGGAUCCUGCGAGCCUCGGAACCUGGACUACCUCCGCUGGGACUCUAUCCCAGCCCUGGUCUACAUCGUCAUCUGUUCCUUCAGCAUCUUAGUGAACGUCGUCGUCCUGGGCGUCAUCGCCUACCACCAUACCUCGCCCAUCGUCAAGGCAGCCAACCGUGAGUUGAGUCUCAUUCUCCUCUUUGGCACCAUCGUCGCGCUCGUGGCCCCGAUGUUCCACAUCGGUCUCCCCACGGUACAGCAGUGCAUGAUCCACGUUGGUCUCCAGGGACCCAUGAUCACACUGAUCGCGUCCGUUUAUCUAGUCAAGACCAAAGGGGUGUUGUCCAUCUUCGAGGCCAGACUGCCGGACCUAAUGCACAGGCACAUGUUCCUACAACGACAUCUUCAGAUCCUGGCCGUUUUUACUCUUGUCCUGAUCGAGGCAGUAGCGGCAACGCUCUAUCUGCUUUUUGCGCCACCUGGAGUGCUGUACAUUGAUAGUCACAUCCCGCACAUAACGUACGUCGAGUGCAACUAUGGCAUCGUGGCUCUACCGGUCCAGUGGCUCUAUAACUGGAUCAUCGUAGCAAUUGCCUUUGCGCUCGCUUACAGAGCACGUCACCUUCCUGAAAACUUCGGAGAAGCUAGCUUGAUCGCGAAGAGCAUGGGGUUGAGCCUCCUAACGUGGUUCAUUAGCUUCAUGUGCUUCAUACUCUCAAGUGGGAGCAUGAAGGCCAUCUUCCAGAAUGCCAUCUUGGUGGCCAGCCCGUGGAUCUUCAUGGGGUUCCUCUACUUCCCCAAAUGCUACAUCAUCUUGAAGCAGCCACACCGGAACACGGUGCAUGAAAUACGAAGAAUGACACUGGCGCAUGUCCAGAGAAAUGCGGAACAGGUGUGCGGUUCAUCAGCAUCUCGAAGGCGCAGUUCACUUGAUCCUUCAGAACAACCAUACAGAGACAAGAUGAACUGCCGAACAGCGCCCUCUAAGGACAUUGGAUCGUGUAGAAAUGAAGACAGGAUUGUCCUGCAAAUUGAUAUUCCAGAAAAUUCUCGGCAGGGAACCGACGAAACUGGGAUCUCUGGCAGUGUUGAUAUUUCACCUUCUAGCAGUCGGUCAUCAGGGAACACCAUGGAGGAUGAACCUGCCAUCUCUUCGCUAAAUGACACCUCGACGGUACCACCGAUUGAACUCCAAACAUGCAAUGGAUGUUCUACACCACACCUGGGUAAUGCCACCAUUUCAAGUUCACAGCGUGACGCAGAAGCGACUAAGCCAUACACCAUUGGUCGAGGUGGUACUGGGAAUUCGGAGAUGCCUUUAAGGUUUGAUGAAGAUAAAUCGCCAGCCAUUCACCCGACUAGCUGCACUGAAAUUCUUGAUGAAUCUGCAGUCCCCGCCUCGAAUUACGUUACUCCUCAAGAAACAAGGAGAAAUACUGAUGCUUGUGCUGUGAUUAUAUCUUUAGCAAAUAAAAGUCCCCAACGUUUGUAUAUUAGUAAUGAAAUAGCGUGAACUAAAAGUGAAACAUAUGAAUAACAUUGGAGAUAUUACUGAUUUUGGUCACAACACAAGAAAAGGACGUGUCUUUUAUCUCUUCAUCUCUUCGACACUGUUCGGUAUCCGUAUGAAAUUGACGCAAUAAAUCAAGAAAACAUCCGAUAGGGAAAGUCACAUUAUCAAGAUAACGGAUAUGAAAGAAAUGAGAGUGAGUCGGUCUUUUGGACUCACAUUGACCAAAAAAAAAUCCUAAAAUGCCCAUAACGAUACCAACUACAUUACAUAACAUACGGGGCAGCUGCUCGUUUAUGACGUCACAAAUCAAAAACUGAAAAUUCUAAUAACUUUCUUAAUCUUCGAUAGAUUUUCCUCAAACCUUCACAAAUGUGUUUAAUUAUUUUUUCUGAUAUCUUUACAACAAACUUUUCUUCAGGGUGAACUUCCCCUUUAAUAACUAAGAGGGGUCUGUGAUUAAGCAGCAAAGUGACGCAACCCUUUCUGGGAAGAUUAUGGAUUUUGAUCGACAGCCUCUUUCUUCCCAUUAUUGCAACACAUCCACAUGCAAGAGUUUUCGGGGGAUGCAUUUCAAUUUUCAAUUUAUUUUAUUUCAUUUUCAACAGAACAAAGUAAUGUGGUCAAAAUAGUUACAGUGAACUUAUACAGACAAAAUAAAUUCAGGCAUGUACAGUAUAUGAUAUUUAUCUAUAAGUAAAAGCAAAACAAAACAGAGUAUUAUAUAUAAGCAAAAUAUCAUAACCAUUUUAAAAUAAAAUUCUGAGAAAAUGGAGGGAUCCACUAAAAAGUAGUGCUUAUAUUGUGUGGACCCCUCUAAAUAAUUAUUUUAGAAUUGCCUACGAAGACAGACACGAAGAUGACAAAACAGGGAACAGCAAAACAAAAAAACAAAGAACAAGAAACAAAAAAACAUGGAAGCACACACAAGGGAAAUGAAAAUAAAAAGGGAAAAGAGAUAAAGAAAGAUAAUGGAGCAGGAUUUCAACGCGCGGAUAAUAAAAAAAAAUAAUAAGUUAAGGAGGCAUGAAAUGGUGAAUUUAAUGAUAUAAUUAUUUAAAAUUGAGGAAAUGAUGACCUGUAUGAUUUCAGAAAAUUAUUUUUAAGUUUCAUUUUAAAAGAACAGAGGGAUGGGCUUUUAAUGAUAUCUUCACUAAGGGAGUUCCAGAAUCUCGGGCCAUCGUAUAUAAAUGUUUUUUUUAGCUAACAGUGUUCUUAAAAGAGGUAAAUGGAACUCAUUAGUCUGUCUCUUAGGGUAAUGAUGAAAUGAACGAUUUUGAGGGAACAUUGAAUCAAAUACGUGAGGAAGUGAAUUGUUAUUAUAUUUAUACAUAAAUUGGUCUAAGUGAAACAGAUAUAGAUCAUUUAUUUUUAGCAGCUUGUUUUCAGCAAACAAUGGGUCUGUGUGAGAAAGAAAUGAAGAAUGGUUAAUUAUACGGAGAGAUUUCUUUUGUAAUAAAAGAAGUCUACUUAAUAUAACUUGGUGGGUGUUGCCCCAAACAAGAAUAUAUAUAUCAAACCAAAAUGAUGAAAUCAAACAUUCGGAUUUCAUGCGGCAAUAGGUUCGCCUUACUUCAACGUAACUUUCGCGGACAUUAAUAGUUGUUGAUCAAAUUCCUAUGUUUUUUUUUUUACAUCUCUAUAAGCUUGGUCUUAGUGAGCGUUGUGAUGUUCGUCUAUUUAUAGGCCUAAUCAAGCUGCAUGUCCAAGCAACAACCUGAUCUAGAUAUACAUGGUUCGAGCCGCAUAUCGAUUGGUUUCCAUCCGCGUCGACUACUCUCCAUUUUGGUAUCGUUCCAUUUGGUCUUAUCUUACUUCGUCUUCAACCAAAUCGUCUACUUAUCAUCAUGAACCCAUUUCCACGGAGGCUUUCCCAUUUUCGUUUUAUAUAGACUUGGUCUUAAACACACAGAAAAAACAACGCUGUUCGAACGUUACAAUACUUGUUUAACAAUUUAAACAAGUGUUUCAUAUUUAAUACAACACAUAGUUUAAUUUUUGUCUUGCCUGCAUAGCAGAGCGAGACUUAUAGACGCCGCUUUUCCAACGGCUUCAGCGGCGGCGGGGCGUCAACAUUGAAAUCUUAACAUAGGGUUAAUUUUUUGAAAUGACAUCAUAACUUAGAAAGUAUAUGAACCUAGUUCAUGAAACUUGAACAUAAGGGUAAUGAAGUAAUACUGAAGAUCCUGCCUGAGUUUGUCACAUGACCAAGGUCAAAGGUCAUUUAGGGUCAAUGAACUUAGACCAUGUUGGGGGAAUCAACAUCGAAAUCUUAACUUCAGAUUAAGUUAGAAAGUAUUAUGAACCUAGUUCAUGAAACUUGGACAUAAGGGUAAUGAAGUAUAUUACUGGACAUCCUUCCCGAAUUUCAGGUCACAUGACAAAGGUCAAAGUUCAUUACGGAUCAUUGAACUUUGACCAUGUUGGGGGUACUUGUUGAAAUACCUCAUAACUUUGAAAAUUUAUGGAUCUAGUUCAUAAAACUUGGACAUAUUCGAGUAAUCAAGUAUAACUGAACAUCCUUUGCGAGUCUCGGGUCACAUGACCAAGGUAAAAAAAAGUUUAUAAUAGACAGCGUUGUAUAAACAGUUUAAACAUCGUUUUUGCUGUGCACACAGAGAUGUGUAUACUGUAGUUGAAUAAACUGUUCAUGGACCGAAUUUUUCAUUCGACAAACAAAAUAAUAAGAAGGUAAAAUGGAAAUGGAAAUAUAAUGCACUGAUAGAGUAUGUAGUGAAAAUGAGCAGACAUUAUUAGACAUUUAUGGAUCCUUGUGCCUCCCUCGUCUGAGAGAUCAACACCUCGACUCCUAAACAUUUAAU